AUGAGUGAGAAAGAAUUUGAAGACUGGUGCAACUCAACUUGUAGUAGUAUUUUGUCUUUAAAUCUUUCAAAGGAUGAUGAAAACCUCAUUGAUAAGUAUGUUUCACAACUUAUUUCCGGAGAUUCUCUUGCAGAUCCUUAUAAAAAUGAAACAAAUUGGUUUUUGGAUGAUUUUUGUGCUAAAACUGUAACAUCAAUAUUAAACAAAACAGUACCAAAAGAGAGUUCUGCUAGUUUGAACUCAAUUCUCCAAAAAUUUAUCCCACUUUUUACAAAAUACAUCAUAAAUGCUCAAUCAAAGUUCAUCUCAGCAAUGAAAGACGUAUUCCUAAAUGCUCAAUGUCCGUUUUAUUCAUUGCAAAAUUCAUUUGGAUUCUUUUCAAAUUCGCUUAUCAAAGAAAACAUCUCACAGUUAUCGUCUACUGACAUAAUUCCGCAAAUACUAACAUUGUACAAGACUCCUAAUGCCUUAACUCCCAAAAGUAUGUACUGGACACUGAAAUUACUCAAAACUUUCAAUAAAAAAUUAUAUAAAUCAGUUUUGCCUGAAAUAGCUGAUCGUACAAACACACUUUACAUAUCAUUCUUGCAAUCAAAAGACCAAGAAAUCAAUAGAGAAAUAGAUACAUCUCAACACGCUUUUAUCCUCAAAUUUAUUACAAAACAUAUGGUAGAUUACAAUUCCAAAGCAGCAAACUUUAGUGAUCUGCUGUUUUUAGCCUCCACAAGACAAGUUUUUUGCGAUUCCAUCAAAAAAUCUUUUGAUACAUUAGUAAGCAUGAAAAAAGAAAUAAAACUGAAUGAAGACAAACUAAAACUGCUCUUAGAAUCAGAUUUUCUUGACUUGGUUUUGACAAAAGAUAUUCAUCAACAAAUUAUUGCUCCUUUGUACGAAGUUUUGCUGGUUCUCUUCCAAACUAAAAAACUGGACCACGAAUAUUUGAUAAAACUAUGGAAUAAAUUCGUAAAAAAUCCUCCAGCGGAAAUUGACACAAAUCUCAAAGAAUUCCAACGAUUCUUCAACAAUCUUGAGUCAACAACAAGGGAUCAGUUCUGGGUUUACCUCCAAACCACGAAAACCUUCUCAGAUUUUUCUUAUAAAUUUAUUCAAGACAAUUAUCACUUUUUAACCGACGAAUGCCGAGGAAAUCUUGUUAAAAACCUGUUGACCAUAUUCGAUUGCAAUAAUAAAGAGCAAGUUCUCUUAUUAUCGAAAUUAAUUCCAAAUAACCAAGAAACAUGCGACAAUACAUUGAAUCUUUGCUUGGAAAUCCUCAAGGAGAAGCGGAAUAUCAGGGAAGUAAUGCUUAUCUACCAAAGUUCAAUAAGAUACGCCAAUCCCCAGAAAGUUAUGGAGUCUUUCAUUCCUUUGUUGAACUCUGUCGAACUCUUGGACAAACUUUGUCCAGAAGCCAUAAAUUGUUUGAAAAAUGUCCUCAUAAAAUUCGAAAAUAUUACAAAUGAAGAGUUCAAAGCGUUCAAAAGCUUCACUCUUAAUAUGCUACAAAAGGACCCUGAGUCGAUAUUGGAAUUAUAUCAAAAAUUGGCCGAAAAAACUGAACUUGAUAUGAUGAAUGACGAAAUGCUUCAUUCUUUGAUUAGAUACGCAUGCAAACUAACACCUGUAUGCCCAAAACUCAUUAUUCUCAUAUUCCAAUUGCUGAAUUAUGACGUAAUUAAGGAUAAAGGUCCAAUUGAACAAAUUAAGGACGUAAAUUACAUAAUUCGGACAGCUAUCAACGAGGAAAAUUCGGAAUUAUUAGAUACAGCUGCUAAACUGUACCAAAAUGACAUAAAUAAGUUCGUAGCUUUGACAAAAGAUUAUUUAGAAUCAAAUGUUGUUCUCCAAGCAUAUUUAGGCUUCAUAAAGAAGAUAGAAUUGAAACAUGAUGAUGAAGUAUACAAAAUUACUCGAAAUAAACACGACAGUCCUCUAAAAAUGUCAAUUAUCGAAAUUAAAGGUACAGAUCUUGGAAAAAUCAAAGUUCCGAUGUCGAUAACUUAUGAAGCACUCAGAGAAAAGAUCGGAUACAAACUAAACCAAGAAAAAGAAUCUUUACAAAUAUUUUUGGAAAAUAAUGUCGAAAUGACAGCCCAAAACAUGAAAUUACAGGAACAAAUGACAGUAACAAUCAACAAUGGAUCAUUUCCAAAGGAUUUUCGAAUGGAAAAUUACUCAAAUUUUCCAUCUCCAAUUUUAUUACAAUAUAGAGAAGCAAUUUGGCAUCUAAUGAUCAAGAAAAAUAAUGAAACAGCAUUUUAUAUACUUUAUUACCUUCCAACUCUUAAAGAAAUCGAAGAUAAAUUAUUAGAAACAGAAUCUGAUGCAUGGGACAAAGUUUUAACAACAAGACAUCCAUUUUCAUUGCUAUAUAAAGUCAAUGCGCUUGGUAAUUUGUUGGAUAAUAAUACAGAAUUUACAAAUAAAUUUAUUAAUGGUAAUGGAGUUAUAAGAAUCUUAGAAAUAGCAACAGAUGAUAUAGAUAAGCUAUUCACUAAGCGAGAAUUCCAGGAAAUGGUCAUAGAUAUCGCAUAUUUAAGUGUUCAAAAAUUAAAUGACGGAAAAAUCCUUAAGAAAUCAAAAAUUAUUGAUAAAAUCACAAAAAUUGUUCAGGAUCUAAUAGAAAACCCCGAGCAAAAGAAGCAAUCAGACCAUUUUAUCCCAUUAUUCAUCGCAAUUUUGCAGAAAUUACCAGAUCUAGUUAAAACAUCAGAAGAAAUCAAAUCUUUGUUACCGAAAUUAAUGUUCUAUGGCAGCGAAUCAGUCAGAACGACCUUCCAAGAAUUAUUUAAAUUAUUUGACCCAUCAGUUGUUGAAAAAACUAUUUUAGAUCUACUUCCUACAGCUAAGAAAGAAAAGUCCACUUAUUAUUUCAAGCUUUUAUCCACUUUUGUAGAAAAUACCAAAAAUGAUUACAUUUAUGACGAAAUGAAACAGAUUGUGAAGGAAAUAUAUCAGUCAGACUUGUUCAUAGAUUAUGCUAAGAUGCCUCCGAAACCUUACAUUGCUUCAGUUUUCUCAGUUUUGUCAAAAAUCAUCACAAAAUUCGAUGAAAGUCUUUAUAACUUGAUUGUUGAUACAAUACUCUGCACGAAAUACAAGUAUUACUCACCAAUUAAGGAAAUUUUAGUCACAUUAAAUGAGAUGAUCCAAUAUAAUCAGACAAUUCUCACAACAUUGCUUCCUACACUCAAUUUUCAGCUUUCUCAGAUCCAAGAUGAGAAGAGAUUGCGAAAUUAUUGUGCACAAUACGCUCAUGAUGAACUAGAUGAUCUAAUUCCAGAAGAUGUAAGGGUACACGCAGGUUUAACUAAUAUGGGAUGCACAUGCUACUUGAAUUCAACACUCCAGCAGCUGUACAACGUUCAAGAAUUCAGAGAUUUAUUAAUUAAAUCUUCUCCUGAGAAGAAAUGGCUACAGAAACUGAAAGAAGUAUUCACACAACUCGAAACAAGUCGAUCUGCAGUCAAUCCAUCCGCUUUCGUUAAGUCCUGGCUGUGGUAUGGAGAACAUGUGAAUCCAUAUCAGCAGCAAGAUGCUGUAGAAUUCUUGCAAGCAUUGUUAGAUGACAUAAACAAUGAAAUUCCUGGUGCUAUAAACCCAUUCAAAGGCGAAAUGAAAGCAAUUAUUGAAGGAGUCGACGUAGAUUACCAUUUCGAAAGGAAUGAAGAGUUAAUUACAUUCCCUGUCGAAGUAUCUAACAAUGAUACCCUUGAAAGUUCCUUCAAAAGCUUCAAGAACCCAAUUUUAUUCGAUGGAGACAAUAAAUACACCGAUGAAAAGUUGGGAAAAAUUUCCGCAAAAAUGUUUCAUAAGAUUACAAAACCGCCAACGGUAUUAGUUAUCCAAUUGAUGAGAUUUACGUAUAAUAUGAGUACAAAUCAAAGAUUAAAGGUAAAUUCCAAGUAUUUGUUCCCAGAAAAAUUAGAUCUUUCAGAUUUAAUGUCGGACCAGUCGGAACAUGUUAUAUAUGACCUAACAGGAGUACUCGUACACAUUGGAAGUGCAAAUGGAGGUCAUUAUUACUCAUACGUAAAUAAUAGAGAUAAUUGGAUUUGUUACAACGAUUCAAGAGUUUCCAGAUCAAAUAUGAGCUCUGUUAUGAAGUCUACAGGUGGUGGAAAGAACUCAGAAUCAGCAUAUCUCAUAUUUUAUACAAAAUCUACUUCAGAAGUCAAAGAAGAACCUAAAGAAGAAAUCGUUCCUAUCAAAGAAGAGAAAGUUGAACAGAAUUUCGUUUACGACGAAGAAAUUGAGUCGAAUUUAAUCAAAGAUUUGAACGAUUUCAUCUUAAAGAUGUCAGAUUACACAGAUAAUCCAAUUGUUGGCCUCACAUUCUUGUUUAACGAGCAAAUUAAGGUUGAUCAGGAGAAAAUUAAACAAAAGAUCGUUUCAAAGACGAAAGAAGACCCAUAUUUCAUAUACAACAAGGAUGUAAUGAAGCUUGGCAUCACUUCCUCACGAAACCAGGACUUUUUCUUCAAUUUAGUCAGUGAAUCCAUCAAAAAUACCAAGAAUUACGAAAUUUUCAUUGACUUCCUCUGCCAAAACUUCCCAGACAUCAUCAAGAAAGACCAGCAGACCUUCAAAACAAUCGUAAAACCAAUCCAAAUAGUUGUAGACGUUGGCGCAAAAAGUGACAGCUUAUUUAAAGUGGUCACUUCAUUUUUGGACAGUUGUCAGUCACAAAUCGACAGAACAAAGAUCGGAUUAGUAUUACCAUGUAACGAUCUUUUUGACAGCCUCAGAAAAGUUGUUGAAGAAAAAGUAACAAAAGAAAAAGACCAAGGGACAAUUGACCUGAUCAAGAAGAUCAUUAUACACAAAGCCAUCCAAAGAAUCGAAGGAGCAAACGACCAAGUCUGCCAGUUGAAGUGUUUGAUCAUGACUGAUGACAAUAUCCAGGAAUUAAAGAAUAACCUUAAAUCAAGUGACGAUAAUUUAAGGUUAGACAGUUUUGUCACAUUAUGUCAAACCAAACAUUUCACAGAAGCCUCUGACAUCAAGAAAUUAUCAAGUUCGUCAAUGAUAAGCCAUCUUUGUCAGAAUUUGCCAAAAUAUUGUUCCUCAUCGAUGCAGCCGUUUUUCGCGGAGUCAAAAUGGUGGAUUAUGGAGUGGCUGAUGUCCACACUCUCUGAAGUACGUCUUGGAAUCAAAAGAGCACUGUUGAAGAGCUUUCCAACAGCUAAAAACCUCUCGGAAGAUGAUUUCGACGUAGUAAUGUCUGAUUCUGAUAAACAAAACCUCAAAAAAGUGUCAGAAAAUUUGUUUUCAGAAUUUGAAAACGUCGGAAAAUUCAUCUACAGAGAGUCUAAUGAUAAUUAUUUCUCUUUCACAACUCCAAGUAUCUUCAAACCCUAUUUGGAGGUUUUGGCAUGGUCUGUCGUCAGAUCUGACAACCAACAAAUGAUUUAUAAUGAAUACGAACAAAUUUUCUAUGUCGUGAAGAAGUUUUCGAAUGUUUCUAUAUCGAAACAAACUCUGAUUUCGGAUAUUUUGUCAUUUUUGAUUCGUUGUUUGACGAAAGAAGAUUUCGCAAAGUUCUUUUCCGACCAAACAAAGUUUAUCAAGUUCUUUGACGUGCUCUCGAAAGGUUUAGGUGGUUCAAAGGACGGCUUAAGAAAAAUUCCAGAGUUUGUAGUCAAAAGUGAAGUGUCAGAAUACUUUACUUCACUUUUCACUUCAAAGAUCAUAGAGAACAUGAUUUUGUGUCUCAGACCAGAAUUUUCUUUUUCAUCGGAAUAUUUCGAUUUGCUCAUAAAAUAUUUGCCAAAAAGUGACAAAAAAGUACUGAAAAAUUUGGCAAAUAUGAUGAAUGACACAGUUAACAUAUUGUCCUUUGCAAAUCCAGGAGAACCAUUGUUAGCGAAACUCUCUGUUUUCGUGGUUGACUGCGAUCCUUCUCUUGCGAAAAUUUACAUAAAAUCGAAAUUGAUGCCGAAAAUUUUGCAUCGCGUAGAAAAAGCUUAUGAUUGUGAUUUCAUUUUAUUGGCCGCUGUGUUGAGAAGUGUAAGAAAUACUGAUCUGAAAUUCACAGAAGAAGUUUUCAAGGCGAUAAACAAAAUUAAAUUCAAUUUCGAAAUUGAAAGUCACUGGAUUUUGGUCACUUCACUUUUAUCUGUCAAUGACAAUUUCUGUGAUUUUUCACUCAAUUUAAUUCCAGAAAAAUUUGUUAAUGACAGUUUGCAGAAAGUAAAAAUUGAUUACAUAAGAAACGCAAUUACUUUCUGUAGAGGAAAAUCGAAUUUGAUGAAUAUUUUGAUCCAAAAAAUUUCUAAGUCACUUUCCACUUCAUCUGGCCAAUUAAUUUGUGAAUGGUGUAAUGUUGUUGUCUUGUUAUUGACAAAGGAUACUCCUGAACUUUGCGAAAUACUGAUACAGAACAUGAAAAAUUCUGACAUCGAAUGUUUCGGAACUUCGACAAAAAUUUAUUUGUCAAAAUGUCAGAAUUUUGGAUUUUCCAUCGAACCACCUUUACUAAGAGUUUACGAACUGAUUGCUACGAUUACAGAGAAUGAAAGAGCGACGAAUAUCAAGAGAUUACUUGAAUUUUCUCUUGAAUUCAGUCUUAUCAAAGAAAAACUGAAAAAUAUCGAUGAAAACAAGGUAGAAACAAUGAGAAAGAUUUGCAAGACAUCUCUAACUGAUGAAAGAGAAAGUGUUUAUGCUGUUGACGCAUUGAAUCUUAUUGAUAUCAUUUUCGGAAAGAAACAAUAG